AUGUUUAAGGUGAAGGAGUUGCAGCUGUCUCCGGACAUCUUUGAGAAUCCGCUCUUUCGCAUGCACCUGCAUUGCUUUCAAUGGUACGGCUAUGUGGCAUCCACAGAGCAAUCGCAUCCCUGGUUCUCCUUGAUACGUUGCAUCGUCUUUACUGCAUCGAUUUGGAUAAGUUGUGCCUUGAUGUUGACGCGCGUUUUCCUCUCCGGCAGCUAUGAGAAUCUGAGUGUUGGUGCCACAAGUUGGGCCACAGCAGUGCAAUACUUUGCCGUGUCGAUUGCCACACUCAAUGCGUACAUGCAACGUGAACGUGUCGUGUUUAUGCUGCGCCAGGCACACGCCGAUCUGCAGGCCUUCAAGUUGCAGGCUGAUGAUCAGGAACUGGAGCUUUUGGACUCCACUCAGCGAUAUCUGCGUACCAUAACCAUGAUGCUGUGGGUGCCCUCGGUGGUGGCUGGUUUGAUGGCCUGGUCGGACUGCAUUUAUCGCACCAUCUUCUUGCCACAAACCGUUUUCAAUGCGGCCGCCGUGCAUCGCGGCGAGGCGCAACCCAUUCUGCUGUUUAAGCUCUUCCCCUUUGCCGAUCUUUGCGAUAACUUUUUUAUCGGCUAUUUGGGUCCGUGGUAUGCUCUUGGCCUGGGCAUCACCACAAUUCCCCUGUGGCACACCUUCAUCACGUGCCUCAUGAAGUACAUAACCCUCAAGCUACAAAUACUCAACAAGCGAGUGAUUGCCAUGGAUAUAACUCGCAUGAAACCCGAUCUGGUGGUGCAACAUUUAACCCCAGCUGAACUCAACCUCUGGCGUUUGCGACUCUGCAAGCAAUUCGUCGAGGAGCAACUCAGAAUUCGGCAGUUUGUCCACGAAUUACAGCAACUCAUUCGCGUCCCAGUUUUCGCCGAUUUCAUCAUCUUCUCGGUUCUCAUGUGCUUUCUAUUCUUUGCCCUCACCGUGGGCGUGCCUAGUAAAAUGGAUUAUUCGUUCAUGUUUAUUUAUCUUUUUGUUAUGGCUGCAAUAUUGUGGAUCUAUCAUUGGCAUGCUACCUUAAUCGUUGAAUGCAAAGACGAUUUGGCGUUUGCUUGCUAUGCAUGCGAUUGGUAUAACUUUGAUGUGCCGGUGCAGAAAAGAUUGCUCUUCAUGAUGCAGCACACUCAAAGACCAAUGAAGAUGCGCGCCUUGUUGGUCGACAUGAAUCUGAAAACCUUUCUAGACAUCGUGCGAGGCGCGUACAGUUAUUUCAAUUUACUGCGUGGCACGCAUUCGUAUUAGAGAUGCAUUAGAAACUUUGUAGAUGCUUUCCCGUAGUGGUGCCACUUGGCUAAUCAAAUGCCGCAACGCUU